CUGUUACCUGAUUCGUAAUAAAAAAAAAAAUUCCGGUAUUCCGGAAUUUUUUUUCCAUUUUGAAUUGAUGUAAUGUAGUAUUGGUGUAGGUGUGUGUAUGUGUGUUUGUAAUAAUAAUCAAUGAUAAUGGAUACAAACGAUUCUAUCCAACAACGUGAUAAUGAAAUACAAAAUCUUAAAGAACGUAUUGAACAGCUAAAUGAAGAAUUGAAAACAGCUACGGCGGAAAAAAUUCAAUCAGCUCAAUAUGGUCUAGUGUUGUUGGAUGAAAAAGAAGAAUUGCAGAAAAAAUAUGAUGAACUUGAAAGUAGAUAUGAUUCAAAAAAUAAAGAUUUUGAAGAUCUAAAAGAGGCCUUAAAUAAAUUACAAACAAUACAACGUGUAUCAGCCACAUCGGAAAUUGAACAAGAAGAACAGCUAUUAUUGGAAAGUGCAAAAAAAGAAGAACAUUUCAUACGUACAGUGAUUGAAUUGGGCAAAGAAUUGAAAUAUGCAAAAAAUGAACUACAAAAUGUUAAAGAUGAUCGUGAUAAAUUUGGCCAGGAAAAUAUUAAACUAAUGGAACGAAAAGAAAUCAACGAAAGAGAAAGGAAAAAAAUUCUGGAUGAAUUAAAAGAAUCGAAACAACGUGAAUCCAGGUUACAUUUGGAGCUGAAUGAAUUGGAAGAGGAAAAUAUUUCAUUACAGAAACAGGUGUCAUCGUUGAAAUCAUCACAAAUUGAUUUUGAAACAUUCAAAUUGGAAAUACAACGUUUGCAAAGUGAAAUUGAUAUUCUUCAAACACAGAUUGAAGAAUGUACUAAAUUGAAAAGUAUUGCAGAAAAACAGACAAAAGAAGCAUUAGAAGCAUUACAAUUGGAACGUGAACAAAAAUAUGCAAUCAAAAAAGAAUUGGAUAAAAAACUAAAUUCCGAAUCCUAUCUGAAUAUCAAUAAUUUUGUUGGAUUUACUGGAUUAAAAUUUGAUUAUGAUGAAACGGAAAACUUUGAUGGAACCAUUGGCAUGGAUGAUGAUAAUGAUGAUGAUGGUGGCAAUGGUGGUGGUAAUAAUAGUGCCUUGAAAAAAUUAGAAAAUGAAUUUCUCAAUUCAUCGGAUAAUUAUUUAACACAGCCACCAUCAUUAGAAGGAUCAUUGUUCAGUGAAGUGCAUAUAAAUGAGAUUAAAAAAUUCGAACGUAUGCUAGAAGAAUCGGAUAGUCAAAAACAUCAACUAAAUCAACGAUUGAAUGAUACACAAACAAUGUUGGAAAAAGCACGUGAAGAGUUGAAAAUUCAAACGGUGAAAAUUGAAAAAAUUUUCGAAGAAUUAAACAACUUAAAUCUAGAUGAUUCAAACACUACAAUGAUGGAUAUGACUGAUCCAGAUCUGUUAAAUAUUAAACAAUUGAUUAAAUCAAAAAUUUCCAGUAUCGAUCUGAAUGGUUAUCGAAAUGAAUUGGAACAAAUGAAAAAUUCUAUAAAUGAUUAUCAAAUGAAAACGAAACAAUAUGAAAAUGAUUGUGAAAUAUUAGCUAAAAUGAUUAAUGAAUUUUAUUCAAAUUCUAAUCAAACAUUUGAAGAAUUGUCAUUAGUAUCUGAAGAAUUGGCUUCAUUAUAUCAUCAUAUCUGUUUGAUAAAUGGUGUAACACCGGAUCGUGUAAUACUCAAUCAUUUACAGCCAAAUUUCGAUCCAAAUCGAUCGAUUGAUCAGUUAAAAGAAAAAUUGAAUAAAGUAUAUGGAAUAUUGGAUGAUAUAAAAACCGUUGAAUGUAAUAAUCUAUUGGAUACGGUAAAGGAUCAGAUAAAAGUAUUGAAAAUGGCCAUCGAUAAAGCUAUUGAAAAUAGAAAUUUUCGACAAAAACAUGAUGAUGUUAACAAUAAUGAACAGCCAACAUCGAUGGUUUCCGUUCAAGAUGUUGAUGAUCUGCAGGAUCAAAUUGUUCGUUUGAAAUCAUUACUAUCCACUAAACGUGAACAGAUUGCAUCGUUACGAACCGUACUAAAGACAAACAAACAGACGGCUGAAGUGGCGUUGGCAAAUCUAAAAUCAAAAUAUGAGACUGAAAAAGCUGUGGUGACUGAAACGAUGACAAAAUUAAGAAAUGAACUCAAGGCCCUGAAAGAAGAUGCUGCCACCUUUGCAUCAUUACGUUCAAUGUUUGCAGCUAGAUGUGAAGAUUAUGUUUCACAAAUUGAUGAAUUACAACGGAAAUAUAAAGCAUCAGAAGAGGAGAAAAAAACAUUGAAUUCAUUGUUACGAAUUGCCAUACAACAGAAAUUGGCAUUGACUGAAAAACUUGAAGAAUUAGAAAUGGAUAAAGAAAGACAAUCGAUGGGCAAAGCACAGAAUGAAACCAGACGAAAUCCUAAAAUCAAUAUGAGAAGCUUAAAUCAACGUCUAAUAUCGAAAACUAAUAAUAACAGCAACAGCAACAAUCAACGACGUCCUAAUUGAUUGGAUAGUUUGAGAAUUGAUCAGAUGAUCAUCCAUUAUAUAUUCAUAUUCAAAAAAUUCAUCAUUCAUUUUCUUGGGACCUGUGAUUUUUUUUUCGCAUGCAUCA